AUGCAGCGCCAGCUCCUCGCCGCCGCCGCGCGCGCCGCCCGUGCCCCGGCCACCCGCUCCACCGUCCAGCGCCGCUUCGCCAGCACCACCGACAACGCCUUCAUCAGGGAGCGCGAGGCCGCCAAGCACCACGCCGCCGGCACCACUGCCCUCUGGCGCAAGAUCUCCAUUUACGCCUGCAUCCCCGCCCUUGGCCUCGCCGCCGCCAACGCCUACGUCCUCUGGAACGAGCACUGGGAGCACUGGAGCCACCUCCCCCCUCUGGAGGAGCGCGUCGAGUACUCGUACCAGAACAUCCGCACCAAGAACUACCAAUGGGGCAACGGUGACAAGACCAUCUUCUGGAACGACAACGUCAACUACCACAACAAGGACAAGGCCUAA